GACUAAUCAACCGCCAGUUUGUGCUAGACGUUUUGGUGGAAGGUGACAAGGUUCAGAGAUUAUCAACUCAUUGAAGAUUCCGUUUCGCUGGGUGGUAAAAAGCAAUUCUUUUGUGACUCUAUUUUUUGAUUUUUGCCCUUGUGUGCUAAUUUUUUUGGUACAAGAGUUUUGAUCUAGAACAUGCUCAAUAGUGUAUGGUUCAGAUGAGCAGCAGUCCUAUAACAGUAAAGCAAGACGUUCCACGUGCUGGGAGAAAGUACCCGGCAGCCAAUGAGCCCGAGACGAAUAUGAAGACGUCACGUAGAAUGACGUCGCGUAGAAACCAGGUGUCGAUCAAUCAUCUUCUUGACUUCCAAUCGUACGAGGACCUGGAGGAGUACCAGAACAACGUCCGUAGACGUCGUAAUAGUAACAAUGGACGUCGAAGAGGACCUGCAACGGCACGUGGCCUCAAUCUACAUGGGAUGGCGUAUGUCAAUUGUCAUUAUAAGUUUGUGGUUGAUCAUAGAUCCGAUUAUACUUCACAAUUGUCUGAUCCCAACGUUCCGGUGAAGGGAGCAGAUAUAGUACGAAUCAUCACACCCAGGGGCAAAAAUGCAUGCCCAAUUUGUCUUUCUGAUGAUCCAGUGGCCCCAAGAAUGCUCACUUCAUGUGGUCAUAUCUUGUGUUUGGCAUGUUUAUUAUCGCUCUUGGAGAGCGAGGUGCCUCGGUACAAGAAGAAGGAGGCCGCUGCCAUCGUGGAGAAAUACCGAGAAUGUCCGUUGUGUUUGUCUGUGAUCCGUAAAAAUGAUAUCAAGCCGGUGCUUAUAUCCACCGUGGAUGAACGGUUUGAAGUACCUAAGGUUGGCGAUGAAGUAGUGUUGACGUUGAUGUCGAGGUCACAGGACAAGGCGUGUGCCUUGCCUCGAAGUUUCCAAGAAUAUCAUGGCAUUGAAGGGUACCCCUGGGUGAAACGAGGAGCCAACAAUGAAAUGCCAGAUUUCGGGCCUUAUCUGAGGAUUUUGUUGGGUGAUCUUGACUAUAUAAUUGACAUGUACAAGGCAGAAGAAGCGGCCAUCAUGGCGCAACAUGAGGAAGAAAAAUUGUUAUACAAUGAUGACGGGAAAUUCGCCAAAUUGGCAUGUGAAGACAUCGAGAACGAUAUGAAAUCAUGGAUUGAGUCAUACAAAGAGAAUCCUGAAGUUAAACAGGCUCCAAACUCCAUUCAUCAACAUGAAACACCUGCGCCACAGGCUGGGAAUUUUUACUUUUAUCAAACAGGUUUCAAUGCUCAAUCAGCAUUUUUCCUCUCUGCAUUGGACAUCAAGGUUCUUCGUACCACGUACUCCACGUAUGAGAAUCUCCCAUCAAAUGUUAUUGCCAAGAUUGAAAACAUCCGAUAUGAAGAGUUAACCCCGGAAUUGGCGACAACAAGGUACAAAUAUCUAUCACAUCUUGCCUUUGGGACCACUAUCGGGUUCUUGGAAUGUAAUUGGUUCCAGAACGAAUACAUUUCUCAUGAAACAUGGGAAACUUUCAAGUUAGAUUUGAAUGCUCGUUCGAAACAAUCGCAGAAGAAAUUCAAACGAGAGGAAAAGAAUAAACAAAGAGCAUUAAACGACGAAGAGUUGCGUGCAAGAGAGUUUUACGAGAGAGAAAAUGGCGCUGAAUAUGCUACUCAAGUAUUUUCAGGAUUAACGAUUGAAGAUUUACCUGUACUUUCACAAGCAGAGAGAAGAGACAGUGAGAGUUCUGGGAGUGAGAUUGCCACCCAAAGGACUGUUUGGGGCACUGAUAUCCCCAAAUCCGAGACAUUUGGCGAUUAUGAGAGUGGAGAUGAUUGGGAUGCAGAAGAAAUGAUUAGAAAGGCUAAAGAAGAGAUGGAUAAAAACAAAGGGAAUGGUAAGAAAAAAAAGAAGAGAAUUGUUUUAACUUUUGAUUGAAGUGUGAAGUGAAAUAUACCACUUAGGGGUUGUAACUACACACUGCCCUACGGGGUUGAUGGGCCGCUCCGCUGGCACUCCGUGGGCCACUAGCCGUGGAGGCCUUGUUCCUCUAGCGAGGAAUGCCGAUUUACGGGGAAAACUCCUCGUAGAGGAGCCAGGCACCACGCAGUGGCUCUCCCCGAGCAGGGGCCAUCGGAGCCGUCUUGCGGGCCACAUAGGGAAGUGAGUAGUCAGCUCUUCUAACGACGGGUCGCUUACACUGAUGUAGAUAGAUAAUCAAAGGUAGUAUGAAGAGGGUUAAUAUAGAGAGGCAAUCAAAUCUGCC